AUUUUAUUAUGGCUUAAAAAUUACUCAAAAAAUCAGGAAAUAAAAAAACUAAUAAAUCAAACAAAACAGAUUAACCUAGUAUUUAUUUCAUCUUAAAUAGAACAUAAAAUCAAAAAGAACAAACCUUAAACUUUAUAUAACAAAAUGGUUACAGAAGAAAAAACUAAAAUCACCAAAACCAUUAAUAAAAAUAUUGAAGAAUAAAUGAUGGCAAAAGCAAAACUUAAUCAAGAAUCUUUUAAAUUAUUGAAAACUAAAGAAGAAUAAAAAAAAAUAGCAAAAGAAGCAAAAAAAUAAGCCUAAUGA